AUGAUUACCUGAACGUUAAAAGGCAUGCAGGUUAGAUGUGGAUAUUUUCAUGGAAGCCUGAAGCCAGCAUCUUCAAUAAUCAUUCAAGUUUCUCCACAUAACCCUUUGUUUUUCUGUGAACUUGGCUAAGAGCAACAUGGCUUUAAGAGUUCUUUACCAUUUUAGCUCAAAAACAAGCAUCCAGUUCAUUACAGCUGAAACCCAGUUUAUCCUUUGAACAUGACUCCUAAAGGCAUUCUUUAUUCCUGUGUUAUUCCUACUUGAAUUUUGAUUCAAAGACUACUGAAGCAAAUGGAAUGACAGUGGCAUUAAGACUGGAUACAAAGUAUUUAAAAAUGAGGUCUGAAAACUACAUUCGUUUAGGACAGUAUUUUUUUCUGAUGGUUGUGCUGAUGGGGCAGAAAUAGGAGGUGGCUAUUAAAAUAUUGAACAACUGUAAUGAUUUCUGUUUCCAGGAAAUUGGCUGUUUUGCUAUAACAGAAUUAUUUAUAUUUGCAGAGAUAAAAUGAAAGGCAGGCCUUCCCUAUACAAAAGUUAGGGAAGGAGAAUUUGGUGCACAGUUUGCAUAAGACUGUUAAGCAUGUAGUGGAUACUUGAAAAAACCUGUGCAGGUUUUCUCCCUGCCCUUGAUGAACCGGUAGUGUGUGACUACUGCCAUGCACCAAAUUCUCCUUUAAUAAAACCACAAAUGUCAUAAUAUGAGCACAUCUCAAAACAGAUAGCACAUACACACAGGUGGCUUCUUGGAGUCAAAGAGGCCAGGUGGGCAGCCUUUCCAUGGAACCAGCCCAUGGUCAGAGUGGCCUGUGAACCCGUCCUGUGCUUCCUUUUUUCAAGUUCCAUUAUCUUAACUGAAUUUUGCCUUCUUGCUUCUUGUCAUCUCCUACUCCUGCUCGGUGUCAGCCACUCUUUCCUUUUUAUGGUCCUGAAAUGAAUAUGGCAAUGUAGUUCUGAUCUAUAGGCUGAAUUGUCUUUCUGUAGCCCUAGACUUCUUUUUCCACAGCCCACGAUGGCCAGUAGAAGAGCCAGCACAGGCAACUGCAACCAUGCAUAGUGCCUUCCUAGUUGGAUUAUAUACAAGGUGCGAUGGAACAGGAUUAUUGGACUGAUACCCAUGACUUAAUUCAUAUUACCCAUACAGGAGACCCUACAUGAGAAUCAAAAGAAGUUCCCGGAGGAAGGCUAUUUCUCUACAGUUUUACUUGAAACAGUACAUUAGACAGCUGCUUAAAUACAGGUUGUGAUCCUUUCUUGAGGCUCACCUAAUACAAUUGUUGGAAAGUUAUCUUCUGUAUUUUGUUUGUGGCCUGACAAGUAUAUACAGACCAAAAAAGCAUUCUGUCAUUAAAUUUUAUGUGGCAUACAUCCCUCUUUUAAGAUUAUAAAUAAAAUCACAUGACAAAAAUAAAAAGUUGGGUUGCAGUAUGAUUCCAAAAGCUUAUUGCAUUUUAUAAUCAAGAAGCUUUAAAAAUGUUCAGGAUACAGAAUUUAUGGUGUUCCGUUUAUCACUGCUGUGAGCCAAACCACGUUCUACAAGGAAAUAUGGCACAGUCAUGGCUGUGUAUGGGCCAGGCUAUUCAAACUACUUCAUAAUUUAUAAUGCUUAUAAGAGGCUAUGACCAUGCUGAAUGCAGAUGAUAUCAGACACAACCAAUGUAUCUGGAAGAAUUAAAAUAAGGUUCCUAUAGUAUUAUUAAUCUAACAUUAAAAAUGAAUCUGCAGCUUCUGUUCAAUUGUUUGUUUUAUAAACAAAUCUUAUGCUUGGGACUUUCCCCCACCCCCAAGUAUAAAAAAACUAUGACACAAAAAGUAUUACCAAGUUGCAAUGCUAACCACUUGCCUGGGGGUAAGCCCCAUUAAAUUGAGUACUGACUUCUGAGUAGACAUGAUUACUGUUUUUGUAUGGGGACAGAGAGCUUGGCAAAGAUUGGUCACUUGCCUUGGUAAGAGGCAAAAUUCCUAUCCUGCAAAGUUUUCAGAUCAGAACUCAGUGAUGCCCGGCAUGGUUUGCAUCGUGAAAUUCCCAGGUUUAAUCAUUCUUGUCUCCCCGGCUAAAAGAAAUUAGUCCUAAAUUUGGUAUAAGACAUAAUUUCCAUGGUUUGGUGCUUCAUUCCUAAAUGCAUUUUCUUCAAAGUAUUGUUCAUUUGUUUUUAGUGCCACUUAUUUCUCUAAAAAGGAAUAUUUAGGAUGGUGGCCCAAGUCUCAUGAAGGUUGUUUUUAAAUUCCUUUUUGGUUUAUGACAUGGAGACUAUGUUUCCUUGUCCUUCACCCUGCCUCACAUUGAAACUUUUCAGCAAGAGUUCUUUGGCACAUAGCCACUGCCCAUGUAGCUCUGUACUGUCUACACUGGCAGGCAGUGUCUCCCUCAGUCCUACCUGGAGAUGCUGGGGUUGAGCCUGGGACCUUCCACCUGCAAAGAAGAUGCUCUGGGCAUCCCAACAGAUUCAUAGUAUAACAAAGUUGUACAAAUCUGUGUUAUUUCCAGUGCAAUAUUUGUAUGCAGAAUGUUGUUUCACCCUUACUUUGUAUACAUGAGGUAUAAAUUAAAUUGAAUUCAUCGUCAGUUGCUUUGGGUCCUCUAUGACCAUCUUCUUCCAGUGAUUGUUGUGGCAGCAUUGUUAUGUUUGGCAGAAUUAAAAACAAUAACACUGUAGAUCAUAAACAAGGAUGUUUAACAUUCAUUAUUAUAUUUAUUACAUUUAUUGGUUGGUUACUACAGAAAAUGUAUUGAAGCAACCAACAAUUGGAGAAAAACACAGAGUUUAUUUGUUGUCAAUGUGAGACAAUAAACCAGAAGCCUAUAUGGGGGGAAGAGAGACUUGGAGCAUGAAUUGAAUACUCAGGACUGUAGGGGGCUAUGGGUUGAGAUUUUACUUAAACUCAAGAUUAGGCUUAAGUUGAGCUGUCAACCAUUUGUGAGAUUUGCUGGGGUGCUGUGCCUGUUUGGUUUUCUGUUUACCUCCUGCAUUUUAACCCGGCUUACUCGUGAGCACUCCUCAGCUGCCUGAGAAAUGAGGAUUUUUUUUGACGCCACGGAUACGAGCUUCGAAAGUUUAUUGCCUGGUACUCAGCUACGUACAGGAGCUGUUCCUUGGUCGGAGUUUAUUUAUUUAUUUAUCCCAGUUUAACUACUCAAGCUGUUGAAGUUGACUUUUUGACCAUGCGAAGCUUCCGUGCGAUUUUAAGUUUCGCGGCUGCCCCCUGCCUGUCCACUAUCUGCGUCAGGUCCAAAUACAACCAAAGCUCGCAAUCUCAUAAGCGAAAGCGAAACCUUUCACAGGAGAAAGACGAUUGUGGGAACCUGGCGAGUUCUUCGCGUGGAAGGAAAACCGCGCCUCACCAGCGAGACCCAUGGACUGGGGAGGUGGGUUGGCGGCCCGCAGGUGCCUCCUGCACGGCUUUUCGGUGUUCCUCUGUGGCGUCGUCGUCCUCCAGCCGGCAGAAUCUCUGAAAGUGACAAUGGAAAGUCGGAUGGUGGCAGUCUUGGACACAGAUGUGAUGAUACCAUGUGAGAUCUCUGAAUACAGCACUCCAGAGCUAAAGAUCGCAAAAAUAGCUGUUGAGUGGUAUUGGAAGCCUUCUCCCAAGGAAGCGGAAAAUAUAGUGUACACCAUUGUUUCUGGAGUGCCUCAAUCUUAUAGAAACGGUGCAAGAAUGGAUGAAAGUGAACUGAUAAAAGGCAAUGCUGCACUUUCCCUCCCCCAAAUACAGAUUAGUGAAGAAGGAAUAUACAUAUGUUCUGUGACUGUUACCCCAGAUUCAAAUGAAGGAACCACUGUUGUAGAGCUAAUUGCUCAACCUUCAGUAAAGCUGUCUCCCAGGACAGUUGAACUAGAAGACGGCAAGGAGAAGACCCUGUCAUGCACAGUGAAUAAAUUCUAUCCUCUUUUGAUUGAGGUUCAUUGGGAGAAGAAAUCUGAACGCGGCAAUAACGAAGUUGUACCUGCAGAUGAUAUUUGCACAGGGGUACCUGUGAAAAAUGGAGAUGGCACUUUCAAUGUAACCAGUAAACUGGGGCUACAACCAUCUUUACAAGAUAAUGGAAAUGUCUAUAGUUGUGUUGUGGGACACAAAUCAUUUUCCAUACGGCAGGCCUUCAAUGCCACUUUGAUAGUAACAGCUGCAUCACAACCAGUUGGAAAUGUUCAAAAUCAUCCUGCGGGAGGCAGUCAGCCUUUACCACCAGGAAGCAUACCAGUACAAGAAACAGCUGCAGGAUCAGAUCACGUUCAGUCUCACCCUUAA